AUGGCUGAAGCGAUGGAGGCAACAGAUAUAUCUGUGCCAGAGAGUUCCCAGUCUCCCAUUAUACCUUUGAUGGCCUCACAGAAUGGCAAGCUGGCGGCCAAAUACAAAAUGAACGGUGGCAUGAACCUGGCACUGAAGAAAGUUCAGAUUUUUGAGAUGAUGGAUGCUAAAGCCAGAAAUGAUUGCAUGAAGGAGAUUGAUCUACUGAAGCAACUGGAUCACCCAAAUGUCAUCAAAUACCUGGACUCCUUUAUCGAGAACAAUGAGCUCAACAUUGUGCUGGAGUUGGCCGACGCUGGCGAUUUGGGAAGAAUGAUAAGACACUUCAAGAAACAGUGUCGGCUUAUUCCUGAGAAAACAAUCUGGAAAUAUUUUGUUCAGAUCUGCAGUGCUCUUGACCACAUGCAUUCAAAGAGAAUCAUGCACAGAGACAUCAAACCUGCGAACGUAUUCAUCACCGCCCAGGGAGUUGUCAAGCUUGGAGACCUAGGGCUCGGCAGGUUCUUCAGCUCCAAGACCACUGCAGCCAUGUCACUAGUUGGAACGCCAUAUUACAUGUCACCUGAGAGAAUUCAUGAGAAGGCUUACAACUUCAAAUCUGACAUCUGGUCUCUGGGUUGCCUGCUGUAUGAGAUGGCAGCCCUACAGUCCCCAUUCUACGGGGACAAGAUGAAUUUGUUUUCCCUGUGCAAGAAGAUAGAGCAGUGUGAUUAUCCGCCCUUGCCGGCAGAUUGCUACUCCGAACAGUUGCGUUCUUUGGUGAACAUCUGUAUCAACCCAGACCCCGACCAGAGGCCAGACGUCAAGUACGUCUACGAGGUCGCCAAGAAGAUGUACCAUAUGUUUGAGCAGCAGCAACAGCGGCAGAUACAAGUUCAACAGCACCAGCAGUCUGUGACCCUCCCACCACAGGAGCAGAUCGCACAGUAG